AUGGCUGAAGCUGAAGCAAGUACGAUCGAGUCGUCCUAUCCGGGUCCUUCCGGACCCACGCUGGAGGGGGAGAAAUCCUCUUCCGGACCCCUCAAGAGGACCGGGACUAUUAAAAAACGUUUAAGGGCACCCAGCAAUUCGGGCUCGCCCCCCGGCCUCAACAACGAUUUGGCCGCAUGCGAAUGCGGCCACACGUGUAAAACCAGAUCAGGCCUGGCCAGGCAUCGAAAAUCCUGUGGCAUCGUUAACGGUCAGGCCCGUAACCGUUCAAGAUGCCAAUACUGCGAUGCGGCUUUCGACACGUUCAUUGGGGUCCGUCAACACGAGCGACGGGCCCACCCGGCCGACUACAGCCAGGAGCUACAGCGGGGGCUCGACAACCCCAGCCAGGAGUGGGAAAUCUACGAGACUCUGGCGGGGAUUGAGGCUUCUACCAGGAAGGGCCAACCCUUCAUAGCCCGCAUGGUGGAAGCGACAGGUCUCCCCGCUUCCAAGAUUGAUUACAUUCGUCGCCGGAAGCCAGUCUAUCGGAGUUACCUGGAGGCAGCCCGAAGUUCCUUCGCGGCUGCAUCAGCGGGAGCAGACGACGGAGCGGAUGUUAGUGUUAGUGGUAGUGAUAGUGUUAGUAUUCUCAGCACUCUGGCGGCGGCGAGCCUCUGCCGGCAUCGGCCCCACCUGUCGUUGACGCGGGCGCUCCUUGUUGUGCGUCCGGACGCGGCCCCGCCCCUUUGUUUGUCCCCGAGGAGGCGAGCUCCCUCGCCCUUCCUCUUGACCCUGAUGUUAGGCCGCUGA